AUGGUUAGAUAUCCUUCGACGCUGGCUGACCGCUAUAAAAUAAGGGAAGGAGAGGAAUAUUCACGAGUUUUGUUUUGUGGGGGUGGACCCAAAGAUUUAGUAGGAGUAAAAUAUCAUGUUAUCCGGGGUCAUAGUGAUUGCGAAGGAGUAAAAAACCGUAAGCAAGGCCGUUCUCUUUACGGAACGAAAAAGAGUUAG